AUGCAUCAGCUAGGACAUGGUGGUGUGGCAGCUACAGCAGCAAAGAUAAGACGCCAAUACUGGAUCCUGCAGAUUCACAAGCUGGCAAAGACUGUGAAGUAUAGGUGCGUGAUGUGUCGACGCAUGGAGCAUCAGGUGGAGUCACAAGUCAUGUCUGAUCUACCAGAUGAGAGAGUUGCCCCGUUUACACCACCAUUUUACUUCUCAUCUGUGGACUAUUUCGGCCCAAUAUCAGUUAAGGUAGGGAGGAACAAGACCGCCAAGCACUAUGGGGUCCUCUUCUCCUGCCUGAAUACAAGAGCCAUACAUCUUGAAGUGGCUGUUGAUUGCACGUCCAUGGAGUUCAUGCAGGUGCUACGGAGGUUUUUCGCCAUGAGGGGUCAACCUGCAUUCAUACUGAGCGACAACGGCACACAGUUCGUCGGUACUGAAAGAGAGUUACGUGAGAUGGUGCAAGGUUGGAGCUCUGAGGAGUUAAGAGAUUUCUGCGCUGAGAGAGGAACGACGUGGAAGUUCACAACUCCAUCUGCACCACAUCACAAUGGGUGUGCUGAGGCGCUAGUGAAGAGCUGCAAGAUUGCCCUGAAGAAAGCUAUCGGGGAUCAACUGCUCACACCCUUCGAGCUGCACACCUGUCUCCAAGAGGUCGCUAAUCUCGUCAACCAGCGACCCAUUGGAAGAGCACCAAAUGAUCCUGAUGAUGGGACAUAUCUGUGUCCAAACGAUCUACUCCUUGGAAGAUCUUCGAGCGCGGUUCCUCAAGGUCCCUUCAGAGAGACGAAGAACCCAAGACAUCGCUUCGAAUUUGUCCAGCGAAUCGUCGACGCUUACUGGAAGAGUUGGAUGCGUGACGUCUUUCCACUACUGGUUCCGCGUCGAAAAUGGAACAAUGACAGACGCAAUGUCCGAAUCGAUGACGUGGUUAUUCUGGCUGACCAUAAUGCAGUUCGAGGAAAGUGGACAUUGGGUAGAAUCAUCCAGGUGUACCCUGGAACUGAUGGGAAGGUUCGAACAGUAAAGGUCAAAUCUAAAGGUUGUGAGUAUAAGCGACCAAUCUCGAAGAUUGUUGUAAUCUAUCCAACAGAAGGGUAUGACGAUGAGUAA